AAAUAUCAACUUCUCGCCAAAUUAGAAGGCCUCCACCACCACUUCCCCUCCCAGCUCAAGGUGGUGGACGAUAGCGGUGGAGGGUCUUGCCGACGACUGGGGUGAACUGGGCACUCCUUGGGAUUAAAGAGACGAAGCAGAUAUAGAGAUAGGAAGAGGGGAACGAUGGGUCAGGGGCCGAGUUGUGCGGGGAAUCAGGAGAAUGGGAUGUUCGGAGCAGUGCAAGGUGGGAACCUGGAAGUUGUGAAGGCUAUGUUGGAGAGAAAACCGAGUCUCUUGCACGAGACUACCGUAUAUGAUCGUCACUCUGCUCUUCACAUAGCUGCUGCUAAUGGCCAGAUCGAGGUUCUGUCUAUGCUGUUGGAGCGAUCUGUGAAUCCAGAUGUGUUGAAUCGUCACAAGCAGACUCCACUUAUGUUGGCUGCAAUGCAUGGGAAGAUCUCCUGCCUGAAGAAGCUCAUGGAAGCAGGCGCAAACAUCCUAAUGUUUGACUCCCUUAAUGGAAGAACCUGCUUACACUAUGCUGCUUAUUAUGGUCACUCCGAUUGCCUUCAAGCCAUUCUUUCAGCUGCACGGUCAAGCCCUGUUGCUGUCUCAUGGGGAUAUGCUCGGUUUGUGAAUAUUAGAGAUGAUAAGGGAGCAACCCCACUGCACUUGGCUGCUCGUCAAAGGCAGUCUGAAUGUGUACACAGCCUGUUAGACAAUGGUGCUCUUGUUUGUGCUUCAACGAGUAGAUAUGGCUUCCCAGAGAGCACUCCUCUUCAUCUUGCAGCUAGAGGGGGGUCUCUUGAUUGCAUCCGCAAGUUGCUGGCAUGGGGUGCAGAUCGACUUCAACGAGAUGCAUCUGGGAGAAUACCAUAUAUAGUUGCUUUAAAGUACCGCCAUGAAGCAUGUGCAGCUUUGUUAAAUCCUUCAUCAGCAGAGCCUCUCGUCUGGCCAUCACCUUUAAAGUUCUUCAGCGAGCUUAAUGAGGAUGCAAAGGCACUAUUAGAACAAGCGCUGAUGGAGGCUAACAGUGAAAGGGAAAAGAAUAUUCUGAAGGGUCUUGGUUGCUCACUUAACUCACCCCCACAUUCUGAUUCUGGGAUGGAUGACAGUAUUUCUGAGGCUAGCAAUGCCGAGUUAUGUUGCAUAUGCUUUGAGCAGGUAUGCAACAUUGAACUUCAGGACUGUGGCCAUCAGAUGUGUGCGCAGUGUACACUGGCUAUCUGUUGUUAUAACAAACCCAACCCUACAACUGCAUCAUUAACGCCUCCAGUAUGCCCUUUUUGCCGAAGCACCAUUGCACGGGUAGUGGUGGCGCGCAAAUUAAAAGAUUAUGGUGAUGCUGAUCACGAUGUAGCUGACUUUAGUUCCUCAAAACUGAGAAAAUCACGAAAGUCCAGGAACUUCUGCGAGGGGAGUAGCAGCUUCAAGGGCUUAUCUACUGUGGGUUCAUUCAGCAAGAUGGCUGGUCGUGGCACUGCAGGAAGGGUUGCUGCAGAAGAUGAAUUCGAUAAACCUUGAUGCGUCACAGUACUUCCAAAAAAAGACAUUGAUUGUCAGUCAAGGAUUUUGUUCAUGUCGUUGAAAAGAAGAUGAACAAACCAAGCAAUCACCAUAGUCAGCAACCCGGUUGGCAUAUAUAGAUAGAACUCAUUUCUUAUGUAGAUUGGGGAAAUAAGCAAAAGAAGUUGCAGGUUUGGGUUGGUAAGUUUGAUAAUGGCUUAGUGGGUCAAAUAUUGUUUGUAAUCUUUUCUUUGCUUGAGAUUGAAGUAGCUUUAGUCCUUUUGCCUGAUACCUAAACUGGUAUUCAAGGGAGACAAAAAGAAAAAAUAAAUUCUUUUUGUUCUAAAUAGUAAAAUUGAAAUUCUUGAAGGCCUGCUUCUGAAUUGUCAAAAUUAGCGAAAAGUUAUGGCUUUUGGGUGGGUCGGGUUUGGAUCCCACCAAGCAGGCUCCAAUCAAUCACUCUCUUGGUUUCAUUGGAAGCGUGUACAGUUUGACUAUCCGGACUUGACUUGAGGAGUGAGAUGUAAAUAUAAUUAAUUUUUUUUCUUAUUUUUGUAAUAAUAACAAUAAUAAUAACAAUAAUAGGUUUGAAUUCUA